UUCAACCGGACGGGGGCGGAAAUGCACGAAGCCGGAGCCGCCGACGGUAAACAUGGCGGCGAAGGGGCUUCGACAACGAGCCAGGCGAGGCAGCAGACAGGAUGCGAACAACGUGAACGUCCCUGCGGAAACCCGGGUGGCAAAAGAGGAGAAAGGCAGCGAUGAUAGCAAAAGUCCAGAAAUCCGACAAGAGUCAGUAAGUCGAGGUGGGCAGGUAUGGGCUCCAGAAGGUUCAACUGCCUUUAAAUGCCUUCUUUCUGCACGCUUCUGUGCAGCUUUAUUAAGUAACAUCUCGGACUGUGAUGAGACAUUUAACUACUGGGAGCCUAUGCACUACCUGCUAUAUGGCACAGGAAUGCAAACAUGGGAAUACUCUCCAUUAUAUGCUAUCAGAUCCUACGCUUAUUUGUGGUUACAUGCUCUACCUGCUUGUUUACACGCCCAUGUACUGCAGACCAACAAGGUAUUGGUCUUCUACUUUGUCCGAUGCGUCCUUGCCUUCUUCUGCUGUGUCUGUGAGCUUUACUUCUACAAGGCUGUGUGUAAGAAGUUUGGACUGCACGUGGGCCGUUUGAUGUUGGCAUUUCUUGUCUUGAGUACUGGAAUGUUCUGCUCCUCUGCAGCAUUCCUGCCCUCCUCUUUCUGUAUGUACACUACUUUGGUUGCCAUGACAGGCUGGUUUCAGGACUCGCCGCCUUUGGCUAUUAUGGGUGUGGCUGCCGGGGCCAUUGUUGGAUGGCCGUUCUCUGCUCUGAUUGGGAUCCCGAUUGCCUUCGACUUACUGGUGUUAAAGAGAGAGUGGAAAAGUUUUGCCACCUGGUCUGCUGUUGCACUGCUACUGCUACUGGUACCUUUAGUGGUAGUGGACUCUUUCUUUUAUGGGAAACUGGUUAUUGCUCCACUCAAUAUCCUACUCUACAAUGUCUUCACGCCCCAUGGCCCCGAUCUCUAUGGCACAGAGCCUUGGCAUUUCUACUUUAUAAAUGGGUUCUUGAACUUUAACCUGGUGUUUGCUCUGGCACUGUUUUCUCUGCCACUCACAGCCCUUAUGGAAACACUACUGCACCGGUUCAAUGUGCAGAAUUUGGGCCGUCCAUACUGGCUUACUCUGUCUCCCAUGUACCUGUGGAUGUUGGUUUUCUUCACCAGACCUCACAAAGAAGAAAGAUUUCUCUUUCCAAUAUAUCCUCUCAUCUGCCUCAGCGGGGCAGUAGCCCUCUCCUCCCUACAGAAGUGCUACCACUUCUUGUUUCAGCGGUACCGUUUAGAGCACUACACCGUCUCCUCCAACUGGCUUGCCCUAAGUUCCCUGCUGGUCUUUAUAUUGCUGUCACUCUCUCGCUCUGUUGCUCUGUUCAAAGGCUACCACGCCCCUCUGGACCUGUACCCAGAGUUUCACCGCAUUGCCAAGGACCCUACUCUCCACUUAGUGCCAGAAGGCAGACUUGUCAGUGUGUGUGUGGGCAAGGAGUGGUACCGCUUCCCCAGCAGCUUCCUGCUUCCGAACAAUUGGCAACUACAGUUCAUUCAAUCAGAGUUCAAAGGACAGCUGCCUCAGCCUUAUGCGUCUGGCCCAUCAGCCACUCAGAUUGUCCCAAUCAAUAUGAAUGACCAGAAUUUGGAAGAGCCAAGCAGAUAUGUGGACUUGCGGCAGUGCCACUACUUAGUAGACCUGGACACAGAUAAUGAAACACCUGUUGAACCACGCUAUUCAGCCAACAAAGAGGAGUGGAAUGUCAUUGCCUACAAACCUUUCCUUCAAGCAUCCAGGUCAUCUCCCAUCUUCAGAGCAUUCUACAUUCCUUUCCUAUCAGAUCAACAUACCAGAUACAGUCGUUACGUCAUCCUGAAACCAAGACGACAAAAGCAGCCUCGCAAGCGUACCCAUGGCUGACCUCUCGAGCCUCAACCCAUCUUCAGGUUCUGGAGUCUAAGACCAGAAAUUCCAUCGCAUCCCUUUCUAAGCGUCUCCUUGCAUUCAUCCAUUACUCAAGUAUGUGUGUGUGCACACGCCAUGUGCACGCGGGGUUUAAAAGCAUUUGUUGAGGAUAUUGGAGAACGGACCCUUUAAGGAAAAUGUUCUGCCUUCUUUAGGCGUGCAUGUUCAUUUGUGUGUGUGACAGCAUAUGUAUGCGUGAAGACAGUGUGGUCUGUGUGUAGGUAUGCAUGGCAGGUAUCAGCUGAUCUGUGUCCUGUAUGUAAAUUAUUUUAUCUCAGUUACCUUGACGUAUGUGCGUGUGUUGAAUGAUUGUCUUCAGUUGGAUGCACGCUGCUAGCCAAGGAAAGGCUUUUCCGCCACACACGCACACACACACACACACACACACACACUCUAAUAAGUGUGAGGUUUUUAGUGGCUGGGGCAGAAAUUGUCAUGUUUAAUUACUUAAAAAAGUCCUGUGGUGUGUGUGUGUGUGUUCACCUGGCCUUAAAUGGCUAGUUUUGUGCUCCAUCAGGGACGAAUGGUGAUGAAAAUGACUGUGUCUGUGAAAGUGAGGGUGCAUGAAUAAUUUAACUUGAAACAUUAAUAAAAACAUCAACUGUGAUGACAA